AUGUCAGAUCCAGUCGUGACGUUGCCGUCUCCGAGAUCCGCCGGAGACCUAUUCUGGGAUGACUCUCGUCCUCCUCCUCUAUGGUUCAACCCUUCCCUCUUCCUCUCCCCAGUCUUCGACUCCGAUUCCUUCAUCUCAGACCACCGUACGUUCGUUCCCUUCGACACUCUCCGAUCCGAGCUCCGAUCACACCUUACGUCUCUCAACAGUGAUCUCCUUGACCACAUCAACCGAGACUACUCCGAUUUCGUGAAUUUGAGCUCUAAGCUCGUUGAUGUCGACGCAACUGCCCUCCGCAUGCGCGCUCCGUUACUCGAGCUCCGUGAGGAGAUUAAUGCGUUUCGUGGAUCUGUGGAGGACGCACGUGUCGCGCGUGCGAGUGGAUUAGACCGACGUUGCGAGGCUGAGGCUGCGAGGGAGGUUUUGGAAUCGUCGCUCGAGGCUUUUCGUGUGGUGUCUAAGGUUGAGAAGCUUAUACAAGAGCAGCAAGACGGAGCAUCCACGAGAGAAUCACAGAGUAUGCUCUUGGAAAGAAUUGCUAGUGAAUUGAAUCGGCUCAAGUUCCAUAUGGUUCAUGCACAGAACUUGCUUUUCAUUGAGAAUUUGGAGAAGAGGAUUCAGAGCGCUACUGUGUUAUUCGAUGCUAGCUUGCGUCAUUGCUUCAUUGACGGUUUAAAUAACAGCGACGCAAGCGUCCUUUACAACUGCUUACGUGCAUACGCUGCCACUGAUAACGUUAAGAGUGCAGAAGAGGUUUUUCGUACAACGAUUGUGGCUCCAUUUAUACAUAAGGUUAUAGCACAUGAAGCAUAUGAUGGAACAUUGGGAGAUGAACUUGAAAACGAUUACAAACAGAUCAAGCAUUUCAUUGCCAAGGACUGUAAGAUGCUGCUGGAAUUGUCUUCCACUGGAAAAUCGGGUUUGCAUGUCUUCAACUUCUUGGCAAACUCAAUCCUGAAAGAAGUUCUUUCGGCAAUCCAGAAAGUAAAACCAAGAGUGUUUUCUCCUGGAAGGCCUACGGAGUUCUUGAAGAAUUACAAGGCAAGCUUGGAUUUCCUGGCAUACCUUGAAGGUUUUUGUCCUUCAAGGUCUGCUGUAACUAAGUUUCGAGCUGAAGCGAUAUGUAUCGAAUUCAUGAAGCAAUGGAAUGUGGGAGUGUACUUUUCAUUGAGGUUUCAGGAGAUAGCUGGAGGCUUGGAUUCUGCUCUUACUUCUGCUUCUCUGAUUUUAGUUCAGGAUUUUGACUCAGAUAAACGGAGUUCACCCACCUUAGUGCUUAGACAGAGCGUUACUCUUUAUGAGAGCUUGCGAUCAUGCUGGAAAGAAGAUGUUCUUGUUUUCUCUGCUGCUGAUAAAUUUCUUCGUUUGGCCUUGCAGCUUCUUUCGAGAUACUGCAAUUGGGUGUCAUCUGCUGUGAAUGCUAGAAAGGGUAAUGCCAGCGUGAGUCCUGGAUGUGAAUGGGCAGUUUCAGCCACUGCAGAAGAUUUUGUAUGCGUUAUUCAUGAUGUAAAUUUUCUAGUCUCAGAAGUUCGUGGCGAUUACGUUGGACAUAUAUCACACUAUUUAUCUUCAUGCUCCUCUGAAGUUCUGGAUGUGGUGAGGAAGAGCAUGUUGCAGGGUGUAGAAUCAUUGGAGAACUUUCUACCUUUGCUUAAGAAGACCAUUAUUGAAAUCAUUGUUGAUAAAUCUGUUGAGGAACUAAGUCAGCUAAAGGGAAUAGCCGCAACAUGUAUGAUGUCUAAUAAACCACUGCCUGUUAGGCACUCACCAUACGUGGUUGGACUAUUGCGCCCUCUUAAGGCCUUUUUGGAGGGAGACAAGGCUAAACACUUCUUGACCCACGAAAUAAGGGAGGAGUUAUUGUUUGACACUCUCACUGAACUUACCAGGCGGUAUUAUGAACUAGUUGCUGAACGUUUAAGCGAAGCGAGAAAAACAGAGACAUUUCUUCAGAAAUCACGAGAAAAUGCACAGAAACGAGCAGGUGUAACAACAGGUGUAGCUGACCAAAAUGUAUCUGGAACAGAGAAGAUGUGUAUGCAGUUGUUCCUUGAUCUUCAGGAGUAUGGCCGAAACAUUUCUGCGUUGGGGCUGAAUCCGGAAGAUAUCGAGCCUUAUUGUUCCCUCUGGAAAUGCGUUGCACCUACGGAUAGGCUAAACACAAUUAGCGUUUAGGGACUGGCGCUGCUUUUUCAUACAACAUUAUGAUAUCGUAUAAAAAGAUAUAUAGCAUCUUUUCUUCGCUUGGGUUUGUUUAUCUAGAAGAGGAAGAGAUUUUUGUUAAAGAGACGGGUGUUUUCCAAAGUUGCAUGACGAUAGAUAUAUAUAAGUCAGUGCCUGCUUUGGCCAUUCGGUCUUUUGUAUAAUUAUUUCGUCGUUGGAACAGCAAUGAUAGUGAAGACCUGUUUUUUUGUGUUUUUGGGCCAUGUUUAUGCGUGGCAAGGUAGAUGUAAGACUUAAUAUUUGGUUUCUAGGAAUUGCUUGUGAAGGAAGACGGCAAUAUCCAGUUAUUAGUGUUUAGACUUCAGACAAUACUAAUUAACGGAUUUCGAUAGACAGAUUGAUUACCAAUGUUAU